AUGUCAUCAGUAAUUGCUUCAAAUAUCCCUUCGGAUGUUUCACCAGCCAAGGUCAAGGAAUUCUUUUCUUUCUGUGGGAAAAUAACUGAUUUAAAGCCAUUGGGUGAUAAUGGCAAGGUCAAGAAGUACGAGGUUGUGUUUGCUUCCCCAAAGGCUGUUUCAACUGCAUUAUUAUUGAGUGAUGCUGAAUUAGAAAACUCUUUUAUCAAAGUUGAAGAAGUUCCAGAAAUCACUGAAGGCGAAACCGGACUUGCUCCAGAACAAGGGGGUGCUGCUGCCGCUGCCGCUGCUACUACUACAACUGCAAAAGAUAUCAAAGAGGAGGCAGUAUUGACAGGCGACAAGACAUACGAUGAAGUUGAUCAAGAAGAAAAGCCAAAAUACGCAAUUUUUGCCCAAUUGUUGGCAGAUGGAUAUGUCAUUUCCGAUCAAGUUAUCGCCAAGGGUAUUGAAUUUGACAAGAAAAAUGGUGUUUCAUCUAGGUUUAAUGAUUUUAUUGCUGAAUUGGAUAAGAAAUAUGUUCACUCACAUGAUCCUAAAAGUACAGUCAACCAACAAUUGCAAAGAGCCCAAGCCAGUUAUGAAAAGAGUGGAAUUGAUCAAAAAUUGCGCAAGUACUUUGAAGACGCUGCCAAACUGCCAUUGGGUUUAAAAAUUCAUGAAUAUUAUAAGUCAUUUGCAAAGGAUGUUGCUGAUGUACACCAAGAGGCAGUCAGAUUAGCUAAUAUCAAAAAAAGAGAAUUGGAAGAAAAGAAACACGCCGAAAGUGGAUCUACAGCUGCAGAAACUAAGGACACUUCUAUUCCACAAGUUCAAUAA